AAGUAACAAGAAUUGGGCAGAACUUGCAAAAGUUACACUUUGUCAGGUAAUACUGUUCAAUCGUAGAAGAGAAGGAGAAGUAUCAAAGAUGUCUCUUAUUGCUUUUACACUGAGGGAUGCCUCGUCAACUCAUCCUGAUGUAGAGUUUGCUUUGUCAGACCUAGAGAAGAAACUUUGUAAGCACUUUCAAAGAAUUGAGAUAAGAGGGAAACGAGGACGAAAGGUCCCCAUUCUUCUCACACCGGAUAUGCUGGCAUCGAUGGAGCUACUUGUCAAGACUCGUCGUAUCUGUGAAGUGCCUGAUGAGAAUGUGUUCAUGUUUGGAAGACCAAAAGCACUCAGUCACUUUAGAGGAUCAGAUGUUAUCCGUAAGAUUGCUCAAAGCUGUGGAGCAAAACACCCAGAGACAUUAUCCUCCACAAAACUGAGAAAGCACAUGGCCACUAUGUCCAAGGUGCUCAACUUAAAGGACAAUGAAAUGGAUGACCUCGCUGACUUCCUCGGACAUGACAUUAGGGUCCAUCGGCAGUAUUAUAGGUUACCCGAAGGCACAUUACAGCUUGCCAAAAUAAGUAAGGUUCUUAUGGCCAUGGAACGAGGACAGCUAUCUGAAUUCAAAGGAAGGAAUCUUGAUGAGAUCCAGAUUGAUCCACAAGAGAGAGUACUGAUGGACAGUGAUGGAUCCGACUCUGAAAAUGAGACUGGAAAUGGUGCUAUACCUUCAGAUUCAGCAGACAAAUCAAUGGAGUCCACUAAUGAAGUUGAACAACACAAUCAACAACCAUCCAAAGGCAAGGAUAAAGAACUGCAGCCAAUUGGCAAGGCCUUGGACAAACCACACACAACAAAAGUAUCUUCACAAAACCCACGAAGAAAGUGGUCUAAAGAAGAGAUCCAGGCUGUGGAAAAAACUCUGAUGGACUACAUCCACUCUGGGAAGGUUCCUGGUAAAGCCCAAUGCAUGGAGUGCAUUGAAAGGUCACAAGCAGCACUUCAGGGGAGACGUUGGGAGGCGGUGAAAUUUUAUGUUAAGAAUCGUAUUGAUGCCUUAAAGCGAAAAAUGUAGAAGAAAAGGUCCUUUGUACCUAGGUGUUUUUCAUCCUAUGUUUGUUGAAGGCAACAAGAUGUUCAAAAUGUGUUUCAAAAC